AGAGACACGCUUUCGUCUCUAGCGACACACAGACGGCGCCCGACUGUAACUGAGGCGCGCGAGAUGGAGGACGGCGUGAUGCCUAGCAAGCGGAGGAGGACGCAAGUCCAGCAUUUUGAGUCGGCCCCCGCCACAAAUCGACGCAGGCAGGUCGAAGAGGAGGAGGAGGAGGAGGAUGAAGAGAUGGGAGAAGAUGAGCUGGGGGAGGAAGACGAAGAAGAGGAGGAAGAAGAAGAAGAAGAGGAUGAGGAGGAGGAAGAGGAGCUCGUCGAUGCCAACGGACAGGCCUUGAGUCUUCGACAGAAGAUUGAGCUCAAGAUCUCCGACGUCCUGGGUCCGCGUGGCGCUGGCAGGCCGAGCCGUUCGCGUUUGAUGCUGGAGGCCGAUACGCGUGCACAGCUCCUCGAAGCCGAGCGAGAGCAGCGAAGCAGGCGUGGCCAGAGUUUAUCGCCCUUGGAGCAGAGCCCUGAGCCCAUUGUGUAUCCGAUUAUGCGGAGAAGCGAUGUUGUCGCCAUGAACAGCUCUCAGCCUCCGUCAACGCCUCCCGCGGAUGUGGGCGUGACGAGGACGCGGCGUGGAGGAGCAACCAGCGGAGCAGACACGGCGUCGCUCUCGCCCUCGGGAAGACCUGCGAGGUUGCGCACCUCGUCGAGCAGGCACCUUUCUCCCUUCACGCUCCAGCAGCGGGCGCGAGGAAGCAGCUCGAGGGCAACCAACGACGCUGUCGACGACGGAGUCGAUGACGAUGGAGACGAGGCAGACGAGAGCAUCCAGCCGCACCAGCCGAGGCGCUCACUCAAGGUCACGCUGGGCAGGUCCUCAAACAGCUUCAGCCUCGCCUCGAGGCGUCACAACCAGCAGCAGGGUGGUUGGCUCGAGGAGCCCAUCGAUGGCGAGUCGGCAAAGAGAAUCUACCGCAACAUCGUGUCAAAGAUUCGAAGGUAUACAGACGCGGAUGGGUACAAGCCCGCAGAGUCGCUCGAGGACACGCCCGACCCCGACGAGGAUCCGCGGUAUUACAAGGUGGUCGAGAAGCCAACGUCCCUCUCUGCCAUCUGGAGCCGCAUCUCGGCGUCAGAGUACCCAACCACGGAAGACUUUGAACGAGACGUCCUCCAGCUGUUUGAAAACGUCCGGCGGUACUUCAGGGCCGGCAGUGAUGAAUACGGAUCGAUGCUGGUGCUGCAGCGCUACUACCAGCACCUCACCCGCUCCAUUGCCGAUGUUAUGAGGCCAGAGAUGGACCACGAGGCGCAGGACCGCAACUUUGCAUCCACAAAGUACGGUCCAGCCGAGGAGGACGACAUCGAGGGGUCUGGUCAAGCCGUGGCCUCAGGCGACAAGGUCAACGUCGAUCAUCUCCUCUACAAGGGUCAGAAAAUCGUCGUCGGCGACUGGGUCCACCUUUCCAACCCUACGGACCCAGCGCGACCCAUCGUGGCACACGUCUUUGCCACAAAGACAGAGCAUCGCCCCGAUGGCCGGCGCCAGGACUGGAUCACCGCUUGCUACUACCUCCGUCCAGAGCAGACAAAGCAUCCACGUACCAUGCUCUUCUGGCCUGACGAGGUGUUCCGCACCAAUCAGCAGGUCGACCACCACGUCGAGGACAUCCUCGAGAUGAUCUUUGUCAUGUACCACACCCGCUACCUCAAGGGUAGACCGGCAGAGGGACAGGGAGGGUGGAAGAAGAAGAACCCUCUCUACGUCUGCGAGUCGAGGUGGCAUGCUGAGAAAGAAGUCUUCUUCAAGAUCAAGAACUGGCACAUUGUCAUGCCCGACGAGGUCCGAAGUCGAAAGUUUGAGAUGGUCGAAUUUGCCACGCCCGUCUCAAUGCCACCGAAGAUCAAGUCGCCUUUCCUGCGUGAGGUGCAGGGCCCUGGUUCGUUGCAGGAAGACUCAACAAAGGGACCGGGCCAUACGUCGACGACAACAUCCUCAACGCUCGUCGAGGCUGCCGCGGCGGGUGUUGAUCUCCUGUAUGGAGGCGGUGACGACGUGCCACAAAUGUUCAAGGGCUGGACCGACGAGAUGCGGGCGCAGCGCAGACGACGUAAGAAGGAAAAGGAGCAGGCUCCCAAGCCUCCUCCCAAGGCUCAGGACGAAAGCAAGAAGCCGCCGCCAAUCGCCCAGGCCAUCGAUCGGUCCCUUCAGUCGGUCUUGGUAUCCGCAUCUGGCUCGUUGUCUGGACAGCCGCCUCCGCCAACGAGCGAGCUGGGCUACUUCAAGGUAUUGCCUGCCAAGACGAGGGAGCUCUUCAGCCUCGAUCCAGAGACGGGCAACGUCGUCUGGUCCGCGGGGCUGCCCAGCUACCAAAGCCAGACUCCAAUUGGGGAGGAGGAGGAAGCUCGCAGAAAGAGGUUCUCGUUGGAUUACCUCUAUUGGAACGCAACGAGACAGGGUAGAACCAAGCAGCAUUGAAGAGAUCACGGAGCAUCUGUUGUAAGAGUAGUAGCAGUAGUAGUAAAAUAUCUUGUCUCAACCCUCUCAUAACCUACGUUCUAGGUGGUUUUGAGGUGGAGAGGGAGCACGAAGCUCCCGGCCGGACGGAUUUUUUUUUCACGUGACCUGAGCACAGACAUCGUUUUGGACCAGGUCGACGCGCGGCGCUCAGGCU